AUGGAAGACUGUCGCUACUUCCUAAGGGGUAAUUGCCGUUUUGGUAAAGCUUGUCGUUUCAAACAUACCAAAAAAUCAUCUAUUUUUAGUCCGCCAAUUUGGAUACUUAGUUCUUAUACUGAUAACGAUCUUACACUAACUGAAUAUGCUUAUUCCUUUGAAGAAGUAAGAGCUGCUUACUAUUCAGCUAAGCAAACAAGUGAAUCUUCUCUUUAUAACUUCUUUACAACUUGGAAUGAUUUAGUCACUUCAGCCCAUCACUCACUUACUCAAGCCAUUAAUCAACUCACUAAAGACUCUUCUUCCUUUCUUGGUGACUCAGAUCGUACUAUUGACAUACGUAAUCCCCAAUACUACCCCUGUAUAAUCAAUCCACUACCCCUCCCUGAAGUAUUCCACUUAGCCCUCACUCAACCUCUACCUACUCCUACUUCUACUUCUACUCCAUUUACUACUACUACUCCAUCUAGUACUUCAUUUACUCCAUCUAAUACUCCAUUUACUACUACUACCAAUACUACUCAAUCUAAUACUACUCCAUUUAUUAACACUACUACUACUACUAACUAUCCUAACACUAACACUACUACUACUAACACUACUCCACUUAACUCCACUCAACCUAACUCCACUCCACUUAACUCCACCCUACCUACUCAAUCUAACUCCACCCAACCUCUACCUACUCAACCCACCCUAACUCAAUUUAACUUAUCUACAACAUUACCUAAAAAGGAAAUUCAAAACAAUCCUAAAAAGGAAAUUCAAAACCCAAAUCAACCUAUCAUCUACGAAUUAGGAAAUAUUCCGUUACGACCCCCCGGAUACUAA